GUUAAAUCUAGAGCGGUCUUUUAUUUAUUGUUUUUUUUCUUAUAAAAUACAUUGUUAGACAUUUAUAAAUAUUUUGGGCACACAGAUAUUUUUUUCUUCAGAAAUUAACUAGGUAAAAAGUGCAUGUCAUGUGUAGGAUUAGACUUUAAAUAAGAUUCCACAAAAUGUUAAAGGAUAUAAAAAAAAGAAAUAUAUAAAGACGCAGUGAGUAAUUCAGAGUAGAAAAUACCCAAGAACAAAAAACAUCAGCAGUAACUUAAAUGGUCCUACAGUUUCUUUGUGUACUUGUCUCCCAAAAACUACAAUUCCCAUAAUACAUGAGCCGCUUGAGUAAUCCCUGAGACUUUAGCUGCCUGUCCCGACGUUUGAGACUUCGUUUUGUUUGUUCAGUGUUUUUGCAGCAAUUCAUCGAUGCACUGUUGACAAACUGUUUUCCACAUCAGUAAGGACCAAACAGCUCGCUCCGCAGUCCACUAGUAAGUCUUGAGGUCGACACUAUGGGGACCAGGAGAGUGCUGGUUACUGGUUGCUCCUCUGGUAUUGGCUUGGCUGUGGCAGUACGCUUGGCCAAGGAUGAGGCCAAACGGUUCAAAGUAGUUGCCACAAUGAGGGAUCUUGAGAAACGUGGCCCUUUGGAAAAAGCAGCAGGUGAUUUAUUAAAUAAAACCCUGGUGAUCCAAAAGUUGGAUGCCUGCUGUGAAGAAUCCAUCAAAGAGUGCAUCAACAGCAUCCCUAACCGACAAGUGGAUGUCCUCGUGAACAAUGCAGGCUUUGGCAUGAUUGGACCACUGGAGUGCCAAAGUAUUACCUCAAUGAAAGAGCUCUUUGAAGUCAACUUCUUUGGCCUGGUGCGAUUGGUGAAAGAGGUGCUGCCAGACAUGAAGCAAAGGCAGAGUGGCCAUAUUGUGGUGAUGAGCAGUGUUAUGGGAAUACAAGGACUUCUGUUCAAUGACGUCUACUCUGCAUCCAAGUUUGCUGUGGAAGGAUUUUGUGAAAGUCUGGCAGUGCAAGCAAUGAAAUUCAACAUCAAGACUACACUGGUGGAACCUGGUCCUGUGAUGACAGAGUUUGAAAGAAAAGUGUAUGAGGACGCAGAAAUCAUAGAUCUGUCUGAGACAGAUGAGGAAACGGCCAGGAUCUUUCGUGACAUUUAUCUUCCAUACUCUAGAAAGAUCUUCACAACAUUAGGCCAGACUCCACAGGAUGUGGCUGAGCAAACACAAAAAGUGAUUACAGCCAAGGAGCCUCCUCUACGGCACCAGACCAACCGACUCUACAUGCCCAUGACUGCACUAAAGCAUGCAGAUCCCACUGGCAGACUUCCUCUGGAAGCUUUCUAUAAAAUGAUCUUUAAACAUGACACUGUUUUUAAUGCCACAUUGGGGAUUCUGCGCAUGAUGAAUCGGAGGAAGGGGAACAAAUAAUCAUUUAAUGGAAGUAGUUGAUUAGGGUUACUGCAGUUAUUCUUUUUUUAUGUUUAACAUUCAAAUUCUGAAUUUCUGACAAUUUGUAAAAAAUAGAUCUUUUAUUAGCUUUGUUACCCUAUAAAAGAGGAUUUAAUGAUUUUUCUUUUUUUGAACAUAUACAGUAGACUGGAUGUAUAUGUUCAAAUAUACAUAUAACUUUAACUUCAUUUGUUUGAUUUUGGUCAUUAGAAACUCGGGUGUUUUUUCCCUUAACCCUUCAAAGCCUGAUAGAAGAAAUUGUUCUAUACUUUUAAAAACUGUACUGUCUAUUAUAUGCUUUUGUCAAAUAGUAUCAAUUUAAGUAUUCCUAUUUUAUGUUAUUGCAUUGAUAAAUGAUAUCUUUAAAAUUGGUCAUUAUUUUAAAGACAUAAAUGUUAAGUUCUUAUCAAAGUUGAUUAAAUUCUUUCAGUAUAUAUUGCCAUUUUAUUUUAGUAUUUAUAGUAAAAACUAAUUUAAUCACAAUUGAUUCAGAUGUUGUUUUUUCUACGGAACAUUUAUUGAUGCUUAAUUUAAACCCUGGUUUAUGACUAUUUAAAAAAAAAAAACACACUCUAAAAUUAAGUUUUUUUACAUUUAAUUUCUGUACCAUUAAAAUAUUACUUCUGAGGUAGAUAAAAGUGGUGCAAAAGGGCACAAGAUCAGCCUAGAAUUAAGAAAAAAGUUGUUUUUUAAAAAAAAAUUAAAAGUAAAAUAUUUACAAAAGAAAAGAAAAGGUUAAUAUAUUAGAAACAUAUUUAUCUCGAUAUAUAUGUGGAGCAUCAUGGAGUUAAAUUCUAGAAAAAGUUAUUUCUGGGACAUAAAGAAUAAUUUCGCUUGAAAUAAAAUAUCCACGCAGUUAUAUUCUUACAUUAUAUCAGAUCAGUUUACUGUGAUAAAAUUUGUAUUUCUCUCAGAUGACUUGAGGAUUGUUUAGAUCAUUUCUAAAAUGGAUGUCAGCACAUUUUCAAUCUGAGCCUAAAUCUUGAUGAGAGUUUCCAUUGUGUGUUUUCUCAGUUGUUUUUUUUUUUUUUACAUAAAAAAUAUUAAUGCACAGUAUAUUUCACAGACUGUUAAACGGAGGAAAGUUUUACAAUGUUAGCAAUGUGUUACAUUUGAAAGAAAAGUUGAUCCCUUCAAAAUUAUCAUUGAUACCUCUGUAUUGUAACAGAUCUGAACUUGUCAUUCAGAACAGCUGCUCUGUAUAUUAGUGUGAUAUAAACACACUGCUAAAAACAAUUAAGAAUAAUAAUAACAAUAUCCUGAAAAGUAGUUCCCUGUAGUUUUUAUUACAAAUAUAUUUAACAAGUUUGAUAAAAAAAAAAAAGGAAAAACUGCUGAGAAAUGUUGACAGUGACUUUAAACUACUUUUGAACAAUUGUAGGAAUAAAUUUAGGUUAUAUCAACAUGUGCUGUUGUAACAAGAUUGCUAAAAAAUAUUCAUUAGAGUCUCAGUUUCAAAUAAUGCUAAAUGAAAUACACUUUAUUUCUGUCUUUUUAGUACAUAACAAUCACUUUAGGAAAAUAAGACUUCUUAAGCAACGAUCUACCCAAAACAAACAUAUUUACAAUCUGCAACUGAAAUGGUGAAUGCACAAAACACUUAGUGUGACCUGGCAGGAAAGUUUUAAGACCAGAAAAUUAGAAAAAAUAGGCAAACCAAAAAUUUUCACCUGCAAAUAAGAUCCAAACUGGACUGUGAAAAUCAACACUUUCCCAGGUCUGAGAGACCAGUACCUGGUUCUAUAAUGAACAAGAUAAAAUAGGAAAACAAAAAUAAACUCAGCUGAUAACUCAACUAGAGGCAGUGUUCAGGCAAUGUAACUGUAAAAACAAUAACUAGAAGUGGUGAGCUAAUUCAUCUCUGCUCAAAAGCAUGAAAUGAAAAUGCCAAAGUGUCUUUCUUAAAAUGUUAUGAUACAAAAAGCCUGAAAUGUGCACAAAAUGUUAUAGAGAGGCAACCGCCCCCAUUCUACAUGGCCAGGUUAUAUGAAAAACAAAAUACUUGUUUAGCCAUAAUACAAGUGGUUAGCUAAAUGACUGAAUUUCAUCUUAGAAUUACGCAACAUAAACACUACACAGUAGUGUUGUUUUCCCCUCAUUCUUAUUUCACUAGCUCACAACUUCAUGAGCCCUGGACGUGGUAUCUACUGUAGAUGCAAGGGAAUCAUUCCUCUGCAUGCCAUAAAACACCUCCCUGAGGAGUGACAGGGCAU